UGCAAAAAUGACGCCGAACGAUACGGACGCAAAAAGAAAAAUGUGGAAAUUUGACUCAAAAAAUAGCAUUAUUUGCUCUGGGGCAACAUCGAUCUGCUUUGCUAUCAUCUAUUUAACAAUUUUCAACGAGUCAUGGUUUAUAUCCUACAACUUCGGAGUUCACAUUGCGGCCUUGCAGAUUUUGAGUAGUAUAGUUCUCAUCCUUGGUGCCACAGCAGAAAAGUACAAGUAUUUCGUGCCCUGGAUGAUAACCAACUCUAUGUUCCUUUAUUUGAUGGGUUACACAGGCAUUGUGCUUUUGGCCACGGACAAUUGGUUUUUGUUCAUAUUUAAACACAUAAUAUCUGUCCUAUGA